AUGUCAGAAGUACGCAAGGAAAGAGCCGCGUCGCCAUCGGCUCCGUCCCGGCCAUUUCCCAGCAAGCGGACUCGAUCCGACGACCGGAGCGUUCCGAAGGACACAAGCGCUGCUUCUUCAGCAGCGACAGCGUCAUCGAGCUCGAAGGUCCUCGAAGCAUUCGGCUCCUUCCGAGACGAGAUCGACUCCCACAACGAUCGACGUGAGCGCCUCAUCAAGUCAUCCCGCGAUGUGACGGCACUCUCCAAAAAGGUCAUCUUCCUGCUUCAUCGAGUCGACGUUAAUGACUUUGCAUCGGCACAGCAAUCUCCAAAGGCGCAGAACCUCUUCUCAGAAGCUGAGACCAAGUUGCAAGAGAUCGUAUCGCUCUUGCGGCAGGCAGCCUUGUCAGAAGGUCUUGGAUCAUUAGAUUCACCUGUGGAACAAGUGGACGCGUCGGCGAAGCGGCUUCGAGCUCAGCGAUACGAGCGCAACAUUGGCGGUGGGCUAGAGGAGUUCAUCGAAGCCAUCUCUUUCUAUCAUUACCUGCGCACUACACGACUCAUCACACUACAGCAGAUUCAGGCUCGGUUCCUCGCAGAACCUGUCCCAGAGUCACACUUCUACAGCCAGCAGUCAGAUCUCUCACAAACCGCCCCGUCAACCUCGGUGGACAGCCAGGCACUACACGUUCCCAUCCAUCGAUACCUUCUCGGACUCUCCGACUUGACGGGCGAAUUGAUGCGCUUCGCCACCAAUGCCGUUGGCCAGGGCGAUACGGGUUCAGUGGUCAAACAAGUACUCAGCCUGACUCGGCAGCUCCGAGAUGCGCUCGAUCCAUUCGUCCCGCUCGUGCGUGAUCUCAAAAAGAAGCAGACGGUUACGAAUCAGAGUCUACGCAAGAUCGAAGACAUCCUGUACGCGAUCACAGUCCGCUCCGCCGAAUUCGGCUCGGAUCCACAGGCUCUCCGCGAAAUGGUACGAAGAACGCUGGCGUCUUCUUCCGAACCAAAUGUCCGCGACGACGACGAGUAA